AUGGAAUUCCCCUUUGGGUCCCUGGGAACUAACAACUUCCGUCGAUUCACUCCGGAGUCCCUGGCGGAGACUGAAAAGCGAAUUGCUGCCAAGCAGGCAGCAGAGAAAGCCAAGGAUAAGCACAGGGAGCAGAAGGACCCAGAAGAGAAGCCUCGGCCCCAGCUAGACUUGAAAGCCUGCAACAAGCUGCCCAAGUUCUAUGGUGAGCUCCCGCCAGAGCUGGUUGGGGAGCCGCUGGAGGAUCUGGACCCCUUCUACAGCACACACCGGACAUUUAUGGUGCUGAACAAAGGGAGGACCAUUUCCCGGUUUAGUGCCACUCGGGCCCUGUGGUUAUUCAGUCCUUUCAACCUGAUCAGAAGAACAGCCAUCAAAGUGUCUGUCCACUCAUAUCCUUUGCACGGCCUUCUCAGGUGGUUCAGUUUAUUUAUCAUGGUCACGAUUGUGAUCAAUUGUGUGUUCAUGACCCAAACUGAAUUUCCAGAGAGACUCGAGUAUAUCUUCACUGUCAUUUACACCUUUGAAGCCUUGAUCAAGAUACUGGCAAGAGGAUUUUGUCUAAAUGAGUUUGCGUACAUGCGAGAUCUUUGGAACUGGCUGGAUUUUAGCGUCAUUACUCUGGCAUACCUUGGUGAAGUGAUGGAUCUCCGAGGGAUCUCAGGCCUGCGGACGUUCAGAGUUCUUAGAGCUUUAAAAACAGUUUCUGUGAUCCCGGGGCUGAAGGUCAUCGUGGGGGCCCUGAUCCACUCGGUGAAAAAGCUGACUGAUGUGACCAUCCUCACCGUCUUCUGCCUGAGUGUCUUUGCCCUGGUGGGCCUGCAGCUCUUCAAGGGCAACCUCAAGAACAAAUGUGUCAAAGAUUGCACAACUCUCAACGAGACGGCCAAUUACUCCUCUUACGAAAAACCAGAUUUCUACUUCAUUAAGCAGGGCACUUCUGAUCCCUUACUGUGUGGCAAUGGAUCUGAUGCAGGCCACUGUCCUAAAGGUUAUCUCUGCCUUAAAACAUCUGACAACCCGGAUUUUAACUACACCAGCUUUGAUUCCUUUGCCUGGGCUUUCCUCUCACUGUUUCGCCUCAUGACACAGGAUUCAUGGGAACGCCUCUACCAGCAGACCCUGAGGGUGUCUGGGAAAACAUAUAUGAUCUUUUUUGUGAUCGUCAUCUUCCUGGGGUCUUUCUACUUGGUCAACCUGAUCUUGGCUGUGGUCACCAUGGCAUAUGAGGAGCAGAACCAGGCAACUAUUGAUGAAAUUGAAGCCAAGGAGAAGACAUUCCAGGAGGCCCUUGAGAGGCUCCGGAAGGAGCAGGAGAUGCUGGCAGCACUGGGGAUUGACACAGCCUCUCUCCACUCCUACAAUGCAUCACCUUUAGCCUCCAAAAAUGCCAAUGACAGAAGGCACAGAAUGAAGCCAAGGGUGUCAGAGAACUCCACAGAUGACAACAAAUCGCCCCAAUCUGAGCCUUACAACCAGCGCAGGAUGUCUUUCCUAGGCCUCACCUCUGGAAGACGCCGGGCUAGCCAUGGCAGUGUGUUCCAUGUCCGGGCCCCUGCCCAAGACGUCUCAUUCCCUGAUGGGGUCAUCGAUGAUGGAGCCUUUCCUGAAGGCAGUGAAAGCCCUCGGGGAUCCCUGUUGCUGAAUAGAGGUGCCAGCCAGCAAGGGCCCCUCCCCACGAGUCCGCUGCCUCAACCCCCCAACCCUGGUUCAGGGCAUGGAGAAGAUGGACACCCCACAUUGCCCACUGGUGAGCUCGCCCCUGGAGCCAUCGAAGUUCCGGCACUUGAUGCAGGACAGAAGAAGACUUUUUUAUCAGCAGAAUACUUGAAUGAACCUUUCCGAGUCCGAAGGGCAAUGAGUGUUGUCAGUAUCAUGACCUCUGUCCUUGAGGAACUCGAGGAGUCUGAGCAGAGAUGCCCACCCUGCCUGACCAGAUUGGCUCAGAAGUAUCUGAUCUGGGAGUGCUGCCCCACGUGGGUGAAGCUCAAGACAUUUCUCUUCGAGAUUGUGACGGACCCCUUUGCAGAGCUCACCAUCACCUUGUGCAUCGUGGUGAACACCGUCUUUAUGGCCAUGGAGCACCACGGCAUGAGUUCCACCUUCGAAGCCAUGCUCCAGAUAGGCAACAUUGUCUUUACUGUGUUUUUUACUGCUGAAAUGGUCUUCAAAAUCAUUGCUUUGGACCCCUACUAUUACUUCCAGAAGAGGUGGAACAUCUUUGACUGCAUCAUCGUCACUGUGAGCCUGAUGGAGCUGGGCGCAGCCAAGAAGGGAAGCAUGUCAGUGCUGCGGACCUUUCGCCUGCUGCGGGUCUUCAAGCUGGCCAAGUCCUGGCCAACCUUAAACACGCUCAUCAAGAUCAUCGGAAACUCAGUGGGGGCUCUGGGGAACCUCACUAUCAUCCUGGCCAUUAUUGUCUUUGUCUUCGCUCUGGUUGGCAAGCAGCUCCUCGGGGACAGCUACUGUGACAAGAGGCACAUUAUCUCUGCACCCAAUGAGGAAUGGCCACGCUGGCACAUGUAUGACUUCUUCCACUCCUUCCUUAUCGUCUUCCGCAUCCUCUGUGGAGAGUGGAUUGAGAACAUGUGGGCCUGCAUGGAAGUCGGCCAGAAAUCCAUAUGCCUCAUCCUUUUCCUGUCGGUGAUGCUGCUGGGGAACCUGGUGGUGCUCAACUUGUUCAUUGCCCUGCUGCUGAACUCCUUCAGCGCUGACAACCUCAUGGCCCCAGAGGACGACGGGGAGGUGAACAACCUGCAGGCGGCCCUGGCACGGAUCCAGGCGUUUGGCCGUCGCACCAGGAAGGCCCUUUGCAGCUUCUUCAGCAGGCCCUGCCUGCUCUCCCGGUUCAAGGCAGAGCCCCAGCUCGUGGUGAAACUCCCACUGUCCAGCCCCAAAGCCGAGAACCACAUUGCUGCCAACACAGCCAUGGGGAGCCCUGCAGGGGUCCCAGCUCUCACAGGCCCCAGGGAUGACCACAGUGACUUCAUCACCAAUCCUAAUGUGUGGGUCUCUGUGCCCAUUGCCGAGGGUGAAUCUGACCUGGAGGACUUGGAGGAGGAUGGUGAGGAGGAUGCUCGGAGCUCCGGGGAGGAAGCGAGCCCCCAAGGGCAGGUGAGACAGUUGCAGCAAGUCGGGCAGUGUGAGGACCACCUGGCACCCAGGAGCCCAGGCUCUGGAAUGUCCUCUGAGGACCUGGCUCCCUACCUGGGUGAGAAGUGGAAAGACGAGGCUGCUGCUCAGGCCACUGCAGAGGGAGUGGAUGACACGAGCUCCUCAGAAGGCAGCACAGUGGACUUCCCAGACCCUGAGGAGAUCCUGAGGAAGAUCCCUGAGCUGGCGGAUGACCUUGAAGAGCCAGAUGACUGCUUCACAGAAGGCUGCAUUCGCCACUGUCCCUGCUGCAAAGUGAACACCUCCAAGUCUCCAUGGGCCACCGGCUGGCAGGUGCGCAAGGCCUGCUACCGCAUCGUGGAGCACAGCUGGUUUGAGAGCUUCAUCAUCUUCAUGAUCCUGCUCAGCAGCGGGUCUCUGGCCUUUGAAGACUAUUACCUUGACCAGAAGCCCACGGUGAAGGCCAUGCUGGAGUACACGGACAGGGUGUUCACAUUUAUCUUUGUGUUUGAGAUGCUGCUCAAGUGGGUGGCCUAUGGCUUCAAAAAUUACUUCACCAAUGCCUGGUGUUGGCUGGACUUCCUCAUUGUGAACAUCUCACUGACAAGCCUUAUAGCGAAGAUCCUGCAGUAUUCCGAUAUGGCAUCCAUCAAAGCCCUUCGGACCCUCCGUGCCCUGCGGCCACUGCGUGCUCUGUCUCGAUUUGAAGGCAUGCGGGUGGUGGUGGAUGCCCUGCUGGGCGCCAUCCCAUCCAUCAUGAACGUCCUCCUCGUCUGCCUCAUCUUCUGGCUCAUCUUCAGCAUCAUGGGCGUGAACCUCUUUGCAGGGAAGUUUAAGAAGUGCAUCAACACCACCAAUGAAGAAUUUUCUCUUGUGCCUUUGUCUAUCGUGAAUAACAAAUCUGACUGUGAACGUCAAAACUACACCGGCAACUUCUUUUGGGUCAAUGUGAAGGUCAACUUUGAUAAUGUUGCAAUGGGUUACCUUGCACUUCUGCAGGUGGCAACCUUUAAAGGCUGGAUGGACAUCAUGUAUGCAGCUGUUGAUUCCCGGGAGGAGAACCUGCAGCCCAAGUGGGAGGACAAUGUGUACAUGUACUUGUACUUCGUCAUCUUCAUCAUCUUCGGCGGCUUCUUCACCCUCAAUCUCUUCGUUGGGGUCAUAAUUGACAACUUCAAUCAACAAAAAAAAAAGUUAGGGGGUCAGGACAUCUUCAUGACAGAGGAGCAAAAGAAGUACUACAACGCCAUGAAGAAGCUGGGCUCCAAGAAACCACAGAAGCCCAUCCCACGGCCCCUGAACAAGUACCAGGGCUUCGUCUUUGACAUCGUGACCAGACAAACUUUCGACAUUGUCAUCAUGGUCCUCAUCUGCCUCAACAUGAUCACCAUGAUGGUGGAGACUGAUGAGCAGAGUGAAGAAAAGACAAGAGUCCUUAACAAAAUCAACCAGUUCUUUGUGGCUGUCUUCACGGGCGAGUGUGUCAUGAAGAUGUUUGCCUUGAGGCAUUACUACUUCACCAAUGGCUGGAAUGUGUUUGACUUCAUUGUUGUAGUCCUCUCCAUUGGGAGCCUGAUGUUUUCUGCAAUUCUUACGUCACUUGGAAAUUUCUUAUCCCCAACACUCUUCCGAGUCAUCCGCCUGGCACGAAUUGGCCGCAUCCUCAGGCUGAUCCGAGCAGCCAAGGGAAUCCGCACGCUGCUCUUUGCCCUCAUGAUGUCCCUGCCUGCCCUCUUCAACAUCGGCCUGCUGCUCUUCCUCGUCAUGUUCAUCUACUCCAUCUUUGGAAUGUCCAGCUUCCCCCAUGUCAAGUGGGAGGCUGGCAUUGAUGACAUGUUCAACUUCCAGACCUUUGCCAACAGCAUGCUCUGCCUCUUCCAGAUCACCACGUCAGCUGGCUGGGAUGGUCUCCUCAGCCCCAUCCUCAACACGGGGCCCCCCUAUUGCGACCCAAAUCUGCCCAACAGCAAUGGCUCCCAGGGGAACUGUGGGAGCCCAGCCAUGGGCAUCCUCUUCUUCACCUCCUACCUCAUCAUCUCCUUCCUCAUCGUUGUCAACAUGUACAUUGCAGUGAUCUUGGAGAACUUCAAUGUGGCCACAGAGGAGAGCACUGAGCCCCUGAGUGAGGACGACUUUGACAUGUUCUAUAAGACUUGGGAGCAGUUCGACCCAGAGGCCACCCAGUUUAUUACCUUUUCUGCCCUCUCAGAUUUUGCAGACACCCUCUCUGGCCCCCUGCGAAUCCCAAAACCCAAUCGGAAUAUAUUAAUCCAGAUGGACCUGCCCUUGGUCCCUGGGGAUAAGAUCCACUGUUUGGACAUCCUUUUUGCCUUUACCAAGAACGUUCUGGGAGAAUCUGGGGAGUUGGAUUCUCUGAAGGCAAAUAUGGAGGAGAAGUUCAUGGCAACUAAUCUUUCAAAAGCAUCCUAUGAACCAAUAGCAACCACCCUCCGAUGGAAGCAAGAAGACAUUUCAGCCACUGUUAUUCAAAAGGCCUAUCGGAGCUAUGUGCUACACCGCUCCAUGACAAUCUCCAAUGCCCCGGGUGUGCCCAGGGCUGAGGAGGAGGCUGUGUCACUCCCAGAUGAAGGCUUUGUUGCGUUCUUGGCAAACGAAAAUUGUGUGCUCCCAGACAAAUCUGAAACUGCAUCUGCCACAUCUUUCCCGCCAUCUUAUGACAGUGUCACUAGAGGUCUUAGUGAUCAAGUCAACAUGAGCACAUCUAACUCAUUACAAAAUGGGGAUGAAACUGCCAGUAAGGAAGCCACUGCCCCUGGGCCCUAGUGAGGACACUCCACCAUGGACAUGUCCAGUUCUGAUGUGUCCUUCUGCUCUGUGAUAACUCUUUCCCACUACAGGUGGCACCCAGCUACCACCUUACCAAUGCAUGCCACUGGUCACAAUGUCAGAACUGGGCAGGGAAUGCAGUUGGCACCCACCUUUGGAGAAGCCCACACACACCAACAGGAGUCAGAAGCCAAGAGAAUUUCCACUGUGACUUCCUUUUUGACUUUCAAUAUCAGAUGACGGGUUCCCUUACUAUCCAGAAAAUGUCCCUGGUCCUUUUAUUUUGAUUGCGACCAGAGCUUACAUUUACCAAGACAAACUUCUCAGGACCAGAACUUUCAAAGAUAUAUGGCAGGGAUGUUGCUGAAUGUCCAAGGUAGUCCUCUGUGAAACACCACAUAGAGAUUGGCAAUGUCAUUUAGGAUUUUGCAUGACUGCAUGUUGAGAGCUGCCAGACAAUUGCUCUGGCCCAGGGUAAUCCCUGUGGCCUAUGUCAUGAAAGGCCUCGGAGAUAUCCAUUAAAAUAAAUAUUUUUAAAGGGAUGUCAAGACUGAAGUUAUACCUUAAAGCAUUAUUUUUUUUACAUUAUGUGAGACUGACACGUGUCAUAAAUCACUUCUCCUUUACUUUCAGGGUUCCUGCUAUCUUGCAGUUUGAGCUCGAGACUGGGUAGGGCAGGAAGGAGCGCUGUCCUGGGAACUAGUUCUAAUCCUAACUCUUCCACUGAUUGCCUGGGAACCUGGGCCAAACCCUUUCCAUUCUGAACCUGUUUCUCCACUGGGAAAACUGGUGGUAGAGGGAGACAGAAUGGAUACUUUCUCUAGCCCUUGAAUUUCAUGUUGUAGAACUCAGUGGUGCCCCACUCAAUUUAGAUGAGAAAACACUCUUUUCUAAAGCUGCAAUAGUCAGACCUUUCUGCUGUGUA